AUGUCUCGUCUUCCCCCCGCCGAAAAGCUGCCUCUGGCCCUCCGGAAGAAUAUUCGCGAUGAGUGGGAAAGCAAGAGGGAAGACCUUCAAAAGGAGCUCUCCGACGUGCUCGGCGCCGAGUGGACGCUGAGCGAGAUCAACCCCAACGCCCUUUACCCAUACGCCGGAGACGGCUACGCCAAGCAGUCCCUCGGCAGCUGCAUCGCCCAUACUGAACCUGGCCCGGGGCCUCCUAGGUACGUCUCCUCGGCCAUCUACAACCUCAAAACCUUCGCCUCGAACUACGGCGACGACGGCAAGUCGGAGCUCAACUCCAUCUGCCACGCCCGCUCCCUAAUCCUCGAUCUCGACGACCGGCCCAAAAAAGAGCGUGUGACUUACUGCGGCGUCGUCGUGCGCGACGGCGGCAAGUUGGCCAUUGUCUUCGCCGAAGGUAACCUCGGCACCAAUGCCGACUACGCCCUCGACGCGUCGGGUCUGCUCAAGGCCCUCAACGACGCGCCGCCCGCGCCGGACUCCGACGCCUCCAUGAGCCUCGCCGCGCGCACCUCGGUGAGGCAGGAGUACGACGAGAAGAUCGAGGAGACGCGUCAGAAGCUGGCCGACAUGCUGGAGAAGCCCGACGUCGUGCUCGUGCCCAACUUCGAGGCCAACUUUGCCAAGAUCCGCGAGGCCGGCAAAAAGAAGGGCAGCGAGGUGAGGGACGACUGGGAGGGCAACAUGGGCGGCUUCACGAGGAUGUACUUUGAGGGACUCGAGUACCAGAUGUCGUACCAGAAGUUUGGCGACGACGACAUGUUGCGGGAGGGCUUCAACGAGGCCGUCGACAAGGGCGAGAUCCACUUCCGCAUCGUCGACAAGAUGGCGUACGGUACCUACGGGGAGGUCGUCCUCGAGGACGGCGCUGUCUACGUCCAGGCCCGGGCUCAUCACUUUGGCACUAAUGUCAACUAUGCGGCGGAGAAGCUCAUUGAUCAGCUUUGA